AUGCAGAUGGACGGGGCAGGGCGACAAGGUACUAUCCGCACUGCCAAACGCAUCAUCGUGGACGAGGGUAUUCCAGGGUUAUACCGAGGGCUAUCUGCAGGAUUCACGAGACAAUUGACAUACGGCUCUGUCCGCAUCGGCCUCUAUGAAAGUAUCAAAGACCACGCCCAAACCAACAACAUCCCCCUCUCAGCACCUCUUCUAGCCCUUAUGGCUGCGGCAUCUGGCUUUGUGGGUGCCAUGUUCGGGACUCCCUCCGACAUUGCCAACAUCCGCAUGCAAAAUGACCGGUCAUUGCCUCCAGCCUUACGUCGCAAUUACUGCCACGUUUUCGAUGCAUGGAUGCAGAUGAAACGCACCGAGGGAUGGGACGCGUUUGUCCAAGGUCUAUGGCCGAAUUGUUUCCGAUGCGCUUUGAUGACUUGCUCGCAAUUGGCGUCGUAUGAUGUAUUCAAGGGAGCAUUGAUGGACAUGACCGGGUCAAAUGGCGACCAUCCGGUGCUACAUGUGUCGGCUUCGUUGCUGGCGAGUCUUGUUGCGACUACACUUUGUAGUCCUAUGGAUGUGAUCAAGACGCAAUUGAUGGGGUCAUCCCGUCAGGGCUCGAGUCUGAAAGUCAUUAGAGAGUUGACGAGAAUGGAGGGUCCACGGUGGCUAUUUCGUGGAUGGACGCCGAGUUUUGUGAGGCUAGGGCCGCAGACAAUGGCCACUUUGGUUUUGUUGGAGCAGCAUAAGCGGGUAUACCGUGCCUUCACGAGUCGCGAGUAG